AUGGUGCUUGGUGCUAACCCUCCAAUGGCUGUUUUUGAAGGGUUCAUUAAAAGAGUUUGGGGCCAUCUAAGGAUUGCUCAAAUCGCUAGAAUGACAAUGGGGCUAACUAUGGUCAAAUUUAAUGAUGAAGCAAUGAGAGAUCAUGUAUUGGAGAAUGGUGUGCUUCAAUUCGACAGAAAACCUGUUAUCAUUAGGCCAUGGAUAGCGGAUCUCAGUGCUAUCCGAUUAAUUCGCUCAGUUCCAUUAUGGAUUCGUUUACAUGAUCUUGGGCUUCAGUAUUGGGGCAGUAAGUGUAUCAGUGCUUUGGUGAGCACUAUUGGCAAACCACUUCUUGUAGACAAGUUUACUAGGGAGCGUUCAAGAAUUCAAUUUGCUAGGGUUCUUGUGGAGAUGGAGAUAACUGAUAAUCCUCCUAGAAGUAUUCAAUUUAUUAAUGAGUAUGGCCAGAUUAUGGAGCAGGGAGUAGAAUAUGAAUGGUUGCCUACUAAAUGUAAGGUUUGCUCUGGGUUUGGGCAUUCUAUGGUGGACUGUCGUAAGGAGCACAAAACUCAGUGGGUGAAAAAAGAAGCUGUGGCUAAACCUGAGGUAACAGACGAGAAGAAUAAAGUUUCUGAGGGGCCUGAUGAAGAGACACCUGAAGGUUUGUCUAGAGCUACUGUUGUAGAGGAAAGUUCGGUUCAGGAAUCUAAAGAGUUACAGCUUCCAGGUUUGACUAAGUUUGAUCAGUUGAAGGAAACAAAUAAGGGUGAGCAAUGGCAAACUCCGAGACGUGUGGCUACACAGGCUAGGCAGGGUCUAACAACUGGUAGUAGUACUCCUCCGUCUGGUCAGAUUAAAAAACAGGCAAAUAAGAGGAAUAAAAUUGGAGUUGGUGGUUUGUUAGAAACCAAAAUGAGGGGGAAUAAAAUUGUUGAGUUCAUGGAGCAUAAACUUCCUAAUUGGGAGUUUUACUCCAGUCCGACUAUUGAGGGCAGACUCUUAAUAGUUUGGAGGAGAAGCUUUGUAAGAAUGACUAUUUUGGAGGAAUCACAUCAGUUUGUUCAUUGUAUGGUCAAAAUGGCAGGCCAGAGGGAUAGUUUCUAUGUUACUUUUGUCUAUGGUUACAAUAUGUUGGAGGAAAGGAGGAGUUUAUGGCAAGGUCUUAACAGGAUUUCUCUUUCUGUUCGAGCUUGGAUUGUGCUUGGGGACUUCAAUGCCCCUUUCUCUGGUUUAGAUAGAUCAGGAGGAAAACCAGUUUCUGGUUUAGAGUUGGCUGAUCCUCUGUGUUGGCUAGCUGAUACUAAAGUUGAGGCUCUUAAAAGCAUUGAUUCCUAUUUUACUUGGACAAACAACCAAGAAGGUUCAGCUAGGAUUUACUCUAAGAUUGACCAUGUAUUCAUGAAUGAGGAGUGGCUUGAUCUCUUUCCUCAUUCUUUGGCUGUAUUUAGAUGGGAGGUAGUCUCGGAUCAUUGCUCUUGUGUUGUCACUAACAUGCCUAUGGAGAAGAUGGGAGUCAAGCUUUUCAAAUUUUAUAAUUUUUGGACUGCCCACCCAGAUUUCAAAGAAGUAGUUAUGAGCAGCUGGAGGACCCCUAUUAAGGCUACUGGGUUGAGAGCAAUUUACUUAAAGACUGUGAGGUUGAAGCAUAGACUUAAGAAAUUCAAUAGAGAUGCUAUUGGCGAUAUAGAUCUGAGCUACUAUUCGGCUAAGGAGGCUUAUCAGGCAGCUCAACUUCAAGCUCAAGUUUAUCCCCAAGAUCACAGCUUGCAAGAGGCAAUUAAGGUGACUGCUGCUGAGUUCACUUUACAGGAGCAUAUGUACCAUAGCUUCCUUGCUCAGCGUAGUAAGCUUACUUGGAUUAGGAAGGGGGAUAUGAAGACAUCUUAUUUCCAUGCUUGUUUGAAAAAACGAAGAGCAGAUAACAGCAGCCCAAGUUCGGCUGCUGGUAGAAUUGACUUGCAGUGUAUGGAGAUGGGUUCCAAGCUCUCCAUAGAACAACAACUGCUUCUCUUAAAACCCUUUUCCAGUAAGGAAAUCAAGGCUGCAUUUUUUGGAAUUCCUAGCACUAAGUCCCCCAGACCAGAUGGAUUCAACUCUGGUUUUUUCAAAGAGCUUUAG